UCAGCUCCUGGCUGCUGGCACCAGGGCUCACUAAGCAAGCAGAAUGGCCUUUCAGUCUGUGCUCUUUGUUUUCUUAGCUGGACUGGUAUUUUUCUCUGAAGCUGCACCACUGGUCUCCCAUGGCUCUGUUGAUUCCAAAUGCCCUCUUAUGGUGAAAGUGCUGGAUGCAGUCAGAGGAAGCCCUGCAUCUGGUGUCAAUGUUAAAGUUUUUAAACAGGCUGAAGAUGGAAGCUGGCAGGACUUUGCUGUUGGGAAAACCACAGAGUACGGGGAGAUUCAUGAUCUCACAUCCGAAGAACAGUUUGUAGAGGGAAAGUACAUGGUGAAGUUUGACACCAGCUCCUACUGGAAGGCGCUCGGGCUUUCUGCAUUCCAUGAAUACGCUGAUGUGGUGUUCACUGCUAACGACUCCGGCCACCGCCACUACACCAUCGCCGCUCUCCUCAGCCCUUUCUCCUACUCAACCACUGCUGUUGUCACUGACCCCCAGGAAUAAACAUGUACUGUCUUUUCACACUUUCCUCCACUAGAACUAUCAUAGG